GGGUGUGUAAUAAGUAACCUUGCUGCUGGCUUUGCUGCUCAUAUUCCACUCAACUCACUGAUAUCUGGACUAAAAGACAGCUCUGUCUACACUAGAAGGAAACCAUGUACAUGUUAAGGGCUCAGAAGCGGCUCCAGAGCAUAGAGAGACACGAGGAGGAAGCGAGAAGGAUCGAACAGAUUGAUAGACAUAUCGGGGGACUCAAAAUUGUGAGGGGAGCAGUGUCUGACGAUAUACCUGAAGAAGGACCUGCUGGUGCAAAGAAGAAAGUAAAAUAUGUUGGAUCAUUUAAAGUGUACCCUCCUCCUGGUCUCUCUGGUAAGGAUCUCCAGAGAGCUAUCUCCGGGUUUGUCUGGGAAAGGAUUAACGCUAUCAACCCAAAAAAUGUGGGUAAUCCAAUAUCAGCUACAAUGAUCAUUAACAGACACUCAGUCAAGAUAUACAAGAGCAAGGAGCUUUUCAUGGCUUACCCUCUCAAGAAGAUAACCUACUGUACUGCCGUACCAAAGAUGUCAUUAUUUGCUAUGGUAACACGAGCCAUAUUGGAUCAACCUGAUGAUGUUGUCUACUGUCACUCCUUUGGUUUACCAUCAGCUGAACAUGUAAGGACAU